AUGAAAUUUGGCCUGUCUGUUGCCACUCUCCUCGUGGCUAUCGCCGGUUCCGCAAAUGCGGUCGCGGAAUGGGGCCAGUGCGGAGGUCUCAACUAUAGCGGAAGCACGACUUGCGACGCUGGACUAACUUGCGUCUACUCAAAUGACUGGUACUCUCAAUGCUUGCGGGUUACCACAACGAGUUCUUCGUCUCGUACGAGCUCCUCUAGCUCAUCUUCGACGCGCAUUUCCUCCAGUAGUUCGUCGACGCGAGUUUCUUCAAGUUCUUCGUCGACUCGCGUUUCCUCCAGCUCUUCUUCAAGCUCUUCAACCCGAGUCAGCUCAACAUCAACAUCUUCCUCUUCUUCUAGUACCCCAUCUACGACUGGUGCUGUCACCUCUGAAGCACAAACAUGGAAGAACGCCGUGAUUGGGGCUGGCGGCUUCGUUCCAGGAAUUGUAUUCAAUCCCACCAAGAAGGGUCUCGCCUACCUUCGCACAGACAUUGGUGGCGUAUACCGCCUGAAUACCGCAGACGAUAGCUGGAUCCCGCUCACCGACUAUGCUGGUCAUGUAGACUGGCACGAUUGGGGCGCGGAUGCUCUGGCGACGGAUCCUGUUGACCCGAACAACCUAUACGUGGCUGUUGGCCUGUACACAAACUCCUGGGAUCCUGACAAUGGCAAUAUCAUCAAAUCGACCGAUCAAGGUGCGACGUGGUCAAAGAUUUACACCUUCCCAUUCAAGAUUGGUGGAAAUAUGCCUGGACGCGGAAUGGGGGAGCGUCUAGUUAUCGACCCGAACAACAACAAAGUUCUCUUCUUUGGUGCCCGAUCUGGUAAUGGCCUCUGGAAGUCCACUGACGCUGGUGUGACAUGGUCAAAGAUUUCUGCUUUCCCAGAUGCUGGAACGUACAUUCCUAAUCCAUCCGACAGCACUGGUUAUAAUUCAGACAAAGUAGGAUUGACGUGGAUAACAUUCGAUCCCUCCUCAAAGACGGCCAGUGGCACGAGUCGCAUCUUUGUGGGUGUUGCCAGUCUGGGCGUCGCAAACGUCUAUCAAACGACAAACGGUGGUACAUCGUGGACGGCCCUUCCUAUUUUCAACAGCGCCUUCAUCCCCCACCGAGGUGUCUUGUCGCCAUCCGAGGGAAGUCUCUAUGUGUCCUUUGCGAACGGUGCGGGUCCUUAUGAUGGGAGUGCCGGACGCGUUGGCAAGUAUAACAUUGCCGCUGGUACAUGGAAAGACGUUACACCGGCCCAAGCCAUUACGGAUGGCACUUAUGGCUUUGGCGGUCUCACAGUUGAUCUUCAAAAGCCUGGAACGGUCAUGGUUGCUGCUCUGAACCAGUGGUGGCCCGAUGCGAAUAUCUACCGCUCGCUCGACGGUGGUUCCACUUGGUCCCCAAUCUGGGAGUGGAACGGAUACCCUACUAUCAACCGCUACUUUGGUGUCGAUGUCUCGCUUUCUCCGUACUUGAGUGGACCCCUAGGUAAUCAAGACGUCUCGCAGAAAUUGGUCGGCUGGAUGAUUGAGGCUCUCGCUAUCGAUCCAUUCGACUCCAACCACUGGCUCUACGGCACUGGUGCAACCGUCAAUGGAGGUCGCAACUUAUUGAACUGGGACACUGUCCACAACGUUACCAUCAAGUCCUACGCUGCUGGUAUUGAAGAAACCGCUGUUCUUGGUCUCAUUUCGCCACCUUCUGGAACCGCUCACCUCUUGUCCGUCGUCGGAGACAUUGGAGGUUUCAUGCACACUAGCUUGAGCACUCCUGGAAAGGUGUUCGCUACCCCGACGUAUGGUACUACGACUAGCAUUGACUACGCUGGAAAUAAGCCAAGCCAGAUUGUUCGUGUCGGAAAUGUCGAUGCAGAUACGAACCCUCAGAUUGCUCUUUCUAACGACUAUGGAGCGACUUGGUUUGCCAACUAUGCGGCACCUGCUCCUUCUGCCACACCUGGAUAUGCAGGAGGUAACAUUGCCUAUUCCGCUAAUGGAGACACGCUCCUCUGGUCAACCCCAAGCAAGGGUGUCCUCCGCUCUCCCAAUCAGGGCGCCUUUAGUCCUGUUGCUGCCCUUCCGGCUGGAGCUGUCAUCGCUUCCGACAAGGUUGACGGAACCGCUCUCUAUGCUGCUUCUGGUUCCAACUUUUACUGGUCAGCUGAUACGGGUGCUACAUGGACGACUGUGGCCGUGAGCGGCUUGGGCACCGCCAACUGGAUCGCCGUCAACCCCUACAAGGCCGCUGAUCUUUGGGUUAGCAGCACGACUGGUGUCUUCCGCUCGACCAACGGUGGCAAGACGUUCACCAAGCUUCCUCUCGUUACUGCUGCUUGGAGAAUCGCUCUCGGUGCGCCUAAGACGGCUGGUGGAACCCCAGCUCUCUUCAUCGCUGGAACUGUCAAUGGCCUCUCGACUGUCUACCGCUCUGACGACCAGAGCAACUGGAUCCGCAUCAGCGAUGCUCAAAACGGCUUUGGAAACAUGGCCUCUGUCAUCUUGGCUGGUGACACCAGAAUCUACAAGAGGGUGUACAUUGGAACCAACGGACGUGGUAUCUUCUAUAACAGCAACGCGGUAUAA